AUGACACCUGAUGCAAAUGCAACUCAACAGGGAUGUACAUCUCCAUCGUCCGACCAGCGGCGCAUGAGCGCGACUUAUUCUACACCUGGUGAUCGGGAGGAGGGAGAAACUAUAACUGCUCAGAGUGAGGUUGGGGAGGGAGGAACUCCGAAUGCAGAGCAAGGGGAGGAUAGUAUGGGUGCAGGAGGGAACAAUGGAGAGGAAUCAUCUAAGAAGAGGAAAUUUUCUGCGACGGAUGGGAGGAGGACGAGUGCGAGAGGAGUGGCAAAUUUAACACCGACACAAUUGGCAAAGAAGAGGGCAAAUGAUAGAGAGGCGCAGAGGAGCAUAAGGCAGAGGACGAAAGAUCAGAUGGAGGAGUAUGAGAGGAAGAUUAAGGAAUUGACGAGCCAACAGCCCUAUCAGGAAUUACAGCAUGUCAUACGGCAGAAAGAGAUGGUGGAGCAGGAGAAUCUGGAUAUCAAGCAAAAGCUAUCGCAGGUCAUUGCAAUCAUUACACCACUACUUGGUGCUCAUGGAUUCGAAAGUCUUCAAUUACCACCGCAACCAAAAUAUCCUCCUCAGCCCAGUCUGUCAAACUCCGCGACCCGCAAUGCAUCAACUCUGAAUAGUAGUACAGCCUCGCCCAACACCGUCGUAGGGUCCUCAUGGCCAGCUUCCUCUGCGCCAAUGGGCUCUUCCAACGAUUCUAGACCUUUCGUACAUGCACAGCAAACCCAACAAUUAGCCCAACAACGACAUGAAAUGGCGCAUAAUCUUGACAUGGGCCCCGAAAGACUGGGUCUAGAUUUCCUCCUCGAUGAAGGCCAGCGCCACAAAAUACCCAUUCCUCCUCCUGGCCCGCAGGAAACCCCGGGGGUUCAACAACUACAAAGACCAAUAGAAAAUAUGAGUCCCACACAUCAUCGAAGCAAUUCGACAGCUAGUAAUGUAACAACUUAUAAUACUCCCAAUUCCGCCCCGAGCUCAGGCUCAGAAAUUAGUGGCUAUAGCGCCCCUAUUCGCAACAGCGUACCAACCUGCCCUUUAGAUAGCCUCCUCCUCGAUUUCCUCCACGAGCGCCAAAACGCCGCCCUAGACGGUCUCCCCACCCCAAAACUGGUGGGACCAGCCUACCCCUCCGUGUCCUCUCUCUUGAACCCUUCCCGCGGAAUACUAUCCCACCCCGUCUCCAAAGUCUUCACCGAUAUACUCGGCACCUUCCCGGACCUCUCUACCCUCCCCGAAAGAGUAGCAGUCCUCUACAUAAUGUUCCUCCUUAUGCGCUGGCAAAUCCACCCCAGUCAAGCAAACUACGACCGCCUCCCCAGCUGGGUCGCGCCUCGUCCCAGCCAACUUUUCACUCCACACCCCGCCUGGAUUGAUCAUCUCCCCUGGCCUAAAAUGCGCGAUAUCCUCGUGCGUGACUAUAAUCCUAGGGAUUACCUAUUCGAUAAUUUCUUCAUCCCAUUUACUUCGACGCUGAGUCUUAACUGGCCAUACGAACCGACAGAUGCACUUCUGAAUUCGGGAGGGGGUAACGGGACGGGUUUGAGUUUGACUGAGGAGGGGGAAUUACUGAUCAACCCUGUUUUUGAGAGACAUCUCAGGAGGUUGGAGAAUUGGAGCUUGGGGCCGGCAUUUGCGAGUGCGUUUCCGGGGUUGAGGGGUACAUAUCGGAUUAAGAUGGAGGGGGAUGGACGAUAG